UAAUUUGAUGUUAAAAAAAAAUUACACAAGUUACCAACAAAGUUUAAUCUCUCCCAUGGAGUCCAAUGCCAAAGCCUCUAGAAUCGUUAAGGUUUGUGUUACCGAUGGCGACGCCACAGAUUCUUCUUCUAGUGAAAAACCCGAGCAUCGGAGAGCAAAACGGAACGUAAAUGGGAUCAGGGUCAAAGAUUGUAAGAGCAAUCUUUCAAGUAUGAAAUCAAAAAAGCAACAGCAACAAUGUUUGUCUAACGGUGUGAAGUACCGCGGGGUUCGGCGAAGGCCAUGGGGAAGAUGGGCAGCUGAGAUCAGAGAUCCCACGAGUCGAACUAGGGUUUGGCUCGGGACUUACGACACCGCUGAAGAAGCUGCAUUGGUUUACGAUAGAGCCGCGAUUCGAAUAAAAGGCCCUAACGCUCUUACAAACUUCGUAAAACCGCCUUCCACAUCGGAGAUUGAACUCGAAACGAUUUCUGAGUAUAAUUCUAGCCAAGAAUCCCAAGCUCUUUCUUCACCUACAUCGGUUCUCCGAUUUAGGGCCAACGAAGAAACUGAACUUCAAAUAGAAUCUGAAGAUAACUCACAUGCCGAUCAAGUCCCGAAAGAUGCAAGUAACCUUUCAGAUGAGUAUUUGUUAGCGGAUUGUGGUUUAUGUGAUUACUUUAACAAUGAUAACCCUGCGCCAAUAUUUUUCGAGCAAAUGAUGCUACCAGAAGACAACAUUUUUGAACAAGAUCGUGUUGAUAUUUCUGUUAAAUUAGAUGUUGAUUUUGAGUCUUGUACAUGGGAUGUCGAUAAUUACUUUUAG